AUGACCACCGAAGAACCACAAUGGCGAAAAGUCCAUUCGGUUACAGGUGUGAUACCUCGAUCUAGACACGGACACCGAGCGGUAGCCAUCCGGGAGCUGAUUGUGGUGUUUGGAGGUGGAAACGAAGGGAUUGCAGAGGACCUCCAUGUUUACAACACUGUCUCAAGACAGUGGUUUUUGCCUGCUGUGAGAGGCGACAUCCCUCCUGGCUGCGCCGCCCACGGCUUAGUUUGUGAUGGUACUCGGAUACUAGUCUUUGGUGGCAUGGUGGAGUAUGGCAAAUACUCUAAUAACCUCUAUGAACUUCAGGCUAGUCGCUGGCUUUGGAAGAAGCUGAAGCCCAGGGCGCCGAGGAACGGCUUACCUCCGUGCCCCCGCAUCGGGCACAGUUUUACCCUUGUGGGUAACAGGUGCUACGUGUUUGGAGGGCUGGCCAAUAUCAGCGAGGACCCCAAUGGCAAUGUCCCACGAUACUUGGACGACAUCUACGAGUUGGAGCUGCAGUCCGUAUCGGGGGCGAGGAGCUGGACCAUCCCGGAGACGAGAGGCGGCGGUCCAGCGGCGCGGGAGUCGCACACCGCUGUCGCCUACACUGGUCUCGGCUCGCCAAAACUCUUCAUCUUUGGAGGAAUGCAAGGCUGCCGAUUAAAUGACCUGUGGCAACUUGAUCUCAACACGAUGGCUUGGUCGUCACCUGAAACCAGGGGUUCCACACCACUACCCAGAAGCCUUCACUCUGCCAGUGUGAUUGGAAACAAGAUGUUUGUUUUCGGUGGCUGGAUUCCCAUUCCGGAGUCAGAGAAGCACAAUGCUGCAGGGAUUAAAUGGAUUUGUACCAACUCCUUAAGUGUGCUAAAUUUGGACACUCUGAGCUGGCAGGACCUAGGCCCGGAGUAUGAAGACGUCAGUGCUCAACUGCAGAGCCGCAACAUCCAAAGUGACGAUCAUAACAGCGGCCGGCCCAAAGCGAGAGCUGGCCACUGCGCCACCGCCGUCGGAUCUAGGCUUUACAUUUGGAGCGGGCGAGACGGUUACCAUACUAACUUCUACCAAGUAUGCUGCAAAGACCUCUGGUUCCUGGAGACAGACCGACCGUCGGCAACGGAGGCAGUGGUGCUCAUCAAAUCCACUGUCAGCAUGCUCCACGUGGCGUGGCGCCCUCUGUAUGGAGCCGACUACUACGUCGUCCAGAUUCAACCGGUGGAGAGCCAACCUCAGGCCAAAGACGUUGCUCCUACGUCUACAGAAGCAGAAGGAAAAAACAAAGGUGCUAAGAAACUAAUGUUCAGCCUACUAAGUGAAUGGCGACUUCAUCGACUCAUUUCUUUAUGUAUGUGUUAUGUCUCAAAACAGCAUGACAGUCAAAUGAAAACAUCCAACGGCCCUAAAGAAGGAAAAUCGGAUUCAUCAGGAUCAGCUCAGCAUCAACGCGCUGACAAGACAAAGACAGCUGAGAGCCCAGAGGGAACUGUGUGGUUUGAUGUUGGUGCAUUCAGAACCCUUUUUUCUGAGGUCCACUACUACUAUUUGCCCGCUGACGACAACCAAACGAUGGCAACCCUCAGCAGCCGGGCUUCUGUUACCAAAGAGUCGUAUCGGAAGCUUCCCGGUCUUCACGACUACCAAGACAGAGAGAAGAGGCAGCUGGAUCCUGGGCGCAGUUACCGCUUCAGGGUGGCGGGUGUCAACUGCUUCGGUCAAGGAGACUUUAGCCAGGUCAGCGAGUUCAAGACGUGCCAACCGGGAUUUCCCGGAGCACCUUCGGCGGUCAAGAUAAACAAGGCUAACGAUUUAGUCCACAUUACAUGGGAAGCGCCUCCAUCGCCAUCGGGCCGGAUUCUGGAAUAUUCCAUGUACAUGGCGGUGAAGAAAAGCCGCUCGUCCAGCUCGGAAGGUCCAGGCCAGUUAGCGUUUAUCCGAAUCUACCGCGGCGUCAAGACCUUCUGCACGGUUAGCUCCGCCCACAUGGUCAACGCGCAUUUGGACUGCUCCGCCUCCAACCGACCGGCGCUGGUCUUCCGCAUAGCUGCGAAAAACGAGCAGGGCUAUGGCCCGGCGACGCAGAUCCGCUGGAUUCAAGAUGCUUUUAAACUUCGAGCUGGGUCCAAGGCGGACAGGGAUGUCGAGGAUGACAUUGACGCUGCUGACAGCUCCAGUUGA